CGGCCUCACUACGCCGCCAUCUAAUAAGUUCUUCAUUCAAUAGAAGAUCUAUUUCAAGACAUACAUAUCUUAUAAACCUGAUUGUCAGUUUUAACACGUAACGACAUCCGACGGAAUUGAGAUACUGUACAAUAUCCUCUUGGCAGCUGCGGCAAUGUAGUGUUGUCAUGACGACGGAGGGACGCCACUACCGGCCCGCGCUUUCACCCUCCUGCAUCUAUAGAAAUUUUAUUUAUCAUUUCCUCACUGAGCAGCUACUAGCCGUUUGGGUGUUUUCGUUCACUCCUGCUGCUGAGAGAGGAUGGCGGGACCUGCACCAAGGAUCCACCUUAGUCGAGCUAGUAGUAGUGUGUCCGAGGACCGCGACGACCACUAUCACCACGAGAGGGACGACGGUGCUGCCAGUGAAGAUGAACUGUGGAGUGCCCUAACCCCUGAGCACCUCUUACUGCUGCAUCAACACUUCUGCCGCCCACGGGGGUGGACGGGCAGAGCCUCGCUGGCGGGGCAGGAAGAUACACCCACCAAACACCUCUCACGACCACAGUUUAUUGAGGCCGUCACCAACCUCCUCGGUAGUGACAGGUAUGAAGGUGUGUGUGGUGCCAUCUUCGACACGGUGGUGGUGCCAUCCAGCCGAGUGUCUCCCAGCUUGGCUUCUAGUGGGGUGAGUGUUCCCACCACCAUCAUGAGCAGCAGCACUAGUAGCAACAUCAGCAGCAGCAGUAACAGCAGUGCCGGGGGCACCUUGGGCAUCAGUUGGGCAGGAGUGGUGUCAUACCUGGCAGGGGUAGUGGCUGGUGGUGGGCAGCCAGCUCCCUCACACCCUCUCUUCUCCCCAACUCCACGCUACCGACUCCUCACGUACAACAAGCGUGAAGGCGUGGCGGGCGUGGUGGUGUGCCGUGGUCGAAGAGCAUUGCUGGUGGUGGGCGCGCGAGGCUCACUCACCAAGUUAACGCACGGCAAGUGGCGGUAUCAGCAAUACUCACGGCUCCUCCUAGACUCAACACCAGACGAAGAGCAACAAACUCCAGCGCCACGCAAGGUAAGCCUCGGCACAUGGGUAGUGGACGUGGCGCUGGUGGAAGAUGGAGUGGCGGUGGUGGCGGCAUCGUCAUCUACGCUGCACCUGGUGGAGAUGACGGCGGGAGUGGCUCAGGAGAUGAUGAGGAUCACCAACCUGCCUGCCCUGCCUUCCUGUCUGGCUGCCGGGUAGGUCCUAAACC